AAAGCCGACACUUCUAAAUUGUUCUGUCAAAUGACCUCAUAGCUUAUAACGCAAUCAGGUUAAUUCCCCUUGGUUUUGCCCUUUAAAUUUCUCCAUCAAAAUGAGCAACUUUGAUGCCAAUCCAUUUGCUGAUCCAUUCCAAGAUGGCUCAGUUACCGCAGCCACAUCAUCUGACAAAGCUAACUUGGAAGAUUUCAACCCGUUUGCUCAAACUGCCAAUGAUAAUAAUGCACCUGCUAUGAUGCAACCCACCAACCCCCCUCCCCCAUACACUGACUAUGGAUCGAAUAAUAUUUCACCUAACUCUGCACCCCCGGUAGCGGCACCCGCCGCACCACCUGUCAUUCCUGGUCAUGAAGAGUUGUUGAAACGACAGGAAGAGCUUGAGAGAAAAGCAGAAGAACUCCAACGCAGAGAACAGCAAAUGGCGUCAUCAAACUACAACCCAAGAAGUAACAAUUGGCCACCAAUUCCAAAAUGGUUCCCUGUUGGUCCAUGUUUCUACCAAGACUUUUCGGUUGACAUACCCCACGAGUUUCAAACUACCAUAAAAAUGCUCUAUUAUCUAUGGAUGUUCUACUGCCUGGUCAUGUUCUUUAACAUGCUUACAUCUCUUGCUGUAUUCUGUGUAGACAGCACAACAGGCACAGGAUUUGGAUUGUCCAUUCUAUGGUGGUUACUUUUCACCCCAUGCUCUCUGUGCUGGUACCGACCCGCAUACAAGGCAUUCCGUAGUGACAGCUCAUUUAACUUCUUUUUGUUUUUCUUCAUCAUGUUUUUCCAGGCAUGUGUUGGUGUUAUCAUGGCAGUUGGGAUUCCUAAUUCUGGCUACUCUGGAUGGAUUGUUGCACUCGGUCAUUUUGACGCCUCGAAAGGUGGACCAGGAAUUGGAAUUAUGGCUUCAAUUCAAUCCACUAUGUUCACUGUCAUGGCUGUGCUUUCAAUUAUUUUGCUUAAGAAGGUUCAUUCAGUGUACAGAUCAACUGGGGCGAGCUUUGAAAAGGCACAACAGGAGUUUGCUAGUGAUGUUAUGAAGAAUCCAGGAGUACAAACUGCAGCAGCAAACGCUGCCGGUGCAGCUGCUAGUUCUGCUGCACAGAACCUAGGUGGCAGAUAUUGAAACACUAACUGCUAGUUGGACCUGCAGCGCUGGCAGCCAAAUAGUGCAGGAAGUAGCACCUGCAAAAUAGCCCUUCGAAAACGUUGGCUGUAAGUGUUGUUGUUCUCUUGAUAAUUAAGUGGCAAUAGAAAUGGAGCAUUUUUCAUAA